CCUCCCUUCCUCCUCCUUUGGACAAGCUCCCCACAAUGAAGAUGCUGCUGAGCCUGAUUGCUCUGCUCUCUGCUGCCCUGUUAGCCAACGCAGCCCCUCCAACUUGCUACUCAAGGGUGUUGUCUCUGAGCAAAGAAAUCACGGAGUCUUUUAAGGAGUUACAGACCUCCAAAGCUGUGGACUCAUGUGUGGAGAUGCUGCCUAGGCUGUACUUGGACAUACAUAAUUACUGUGUGUUGGGAAAACUCCGUGAUUUUGUGGCCUACCCCAGAUGUGAGAGAGUGCUUGAAGUGAGUGAGCUGAAGGAAAAAGCCCGGAGCCUGUACACCAUCAUGAUCUCCUACUGCAGAAGGGACUUGGUGUUCCUCACUGAUGACUGUAGCGCUCUGGAAAAUCCUAUUCUGCCUCCCAUUGAGCCCUCCAUCAUUGAGAGCUAAAAUGGAGUCAACCCAAAAGUUGCACCUGGGAAAUUUUCAAGGAGAC